AUGGCCCCUCGAAGUGCGAUUGUCGUUGGUGCUGGCGCUGGCGGCAUUGCCACGGCUGCUCGUCUCGCCAAAGCUGGGUACAAAGUCACGGUCGUGGAGAAGAAUUCCUUCCUCGGCGGCCGGUGUUCUCUUGUGCACCAUGAUGAAUUCCGAUUCGACCAAGGGCCUUCGCUCUUGUUGAUGCCUGAAUGCUUCCAACAAACAUUCGAGGAGCUGGGCACGACUCCCGAAAAGGAGAACGUCAGAUUGUUGACAUGUGACCCUAAUUACCGCAUCUGGUUCUCCGAUGGUGAUCACCUGGAAAUGUCCACCGAUAUCGCCAAAAUGAAGCCUCAGAUUGAGCGCCUCGAGGGCGCUAAUGGUCUGGAGGGUGUCUUUGGUUUCCUGAAAGAGUCCGGCGCCCACUACGACCUAGCGAUGGAGCACGUUCUCUGUAAAGAUUUCCCUAACAUCUUUGCCAUGCUCCGCCCCGGUCUCGUGAAAUCAUUAUUAGCCCUGCACCCGUUUGAGAGUAUGUUCAGCCGUGUGAAGCGGUAUUUCAAGUCCGACAAGCUUCGCAGAGCGUUCACUUUUGCGAGCAUGUACUUGGGCAUGAAUCCAUUCGAAGCCCCCGGCACAUAUUCGCUUUUGCAGUAUACGGAGCUGGCACAUGGCAUCCUAUAUCCAGAAGGUGGCUUUGUAAAGGUCCUUGAAGCAGUGGCGCGAGUUGGAGAACGCCUCGGUGUGACGUUCCGUUUAAACACACCAGUUGCCUCAAUCAUUCAAGGCCCCGAUGGCUCUGCCCGGGGAGUUCGUCUCGAGUCCGGAGAGGAGCUCUUGGCCGAUGUGGUGGUUAUCAAUGCAGACCUUGUGUACGCCUACAACAACCUACUGCCGCAGACCAGCUACGCCAAGAGCUUAACCAAGCGAAAGGCGUCUUGCAGCAGUAUCUCUUUCUUUUGGUCCUUUGACCGCGUGAUUGACGAGCUUUCUGUUCACAAUAUCUUCUUGGCCGAGGAGUACAAGGAGAGUUUCGACUCCAUCUUCCACCGCCACCAACUGCCCAGCGAUCCCUCCUUCUACGUCAACGUCCCCAGUCGAAUUGACCCCACAGCAGCCCCCAAGGGCAAGGACUCGGCCGUGGUUCUCGUCCCCGUGGGUCACAUUGACGAUGACCCUUCUAACCCCCAAGACUGGGAUGCCCUGGUCAACCGUGCGCGAGAAGCCGCCUUCAAGACGAUUGAGGCGCGCACGGGAGCAAAGGGACUCCGGGAAAGCAUCAUCCGCGAGACCGUCGAGACGCCGACCAGCUGGAAGGCCAAGUUCAAUCUGGACCGUGGCGCCAUCUUGGGUCUCUCCCACUCUUUCUUCAACGUCCUCAGCUUCCGGCCGCAGAACCGACACCCGGAUAUCAAGGGCCUGUACUUUGUGGGUGCCAGCACGCAUCCCGGUGCGGGCGUGCCCGUGGCCCUGAUGAGUGCCAAAGUGACCACCGAUCUCAUUCAGAAGGACGCUUCGAAGCAGAAUGCCGGGCGGGCAAGCUGGAUGAUCUGGUGGCUCGUUGUGCCUCUGUUGCUAGCGAUUUUCUCCUUCUCCAAGUACGGCUCUGUCGCUUGGUCGAGAAUUCUGCCUCUGGGGUCAAAGCAUUAA